AUGCGAAAUCCCUGGUCCCUUUAUUCAAAAUCCCCAUACUCUCUCCUCACUCGGCGACUCUGUUUGACUUCCUCAUUAUCCAAACCUCCCAUCUUAACCCCCUUCAGAACAGUCGUUUCAUCAGCAAAAUGGACCUCUGCUCCACGGCUUUUCCCAACGUCAGGAUUCAAGCUGCUGGACCCGUCUUGCUCAAUUGAAGAAGAAACAUUGCCAACCUACUCACCCGAAAAGUACUAUCCCGUCGACCAAGGGGAAAUUUUCAACGACAGAUACCAGGCUCUCGCCAAAGUAGGAUUUGGCGUGACUUCCACCGUGUGGUUUGCCCGUGAUCUCGUGGAGUCGACGUAUGUCAUCUUGAAGAUAUAUGUAUCUGGACAAGGAAGAGAGCAUGAAUUGAACAUCUACAAGCAUCUCGAUUCCAUCGAAACAGACCACCCAGGCAAGAAAUACGUUCGCAGCUUGGUUGACCAUUUCUACGUGGACGGCUCACAACACCGCCAUCUGUGCCUUGUUCAUAAACCACUGGGAAUCAACGCAUCUGAACUGCUACAGUUUAGAAGUGAGAAUAAGAUGACGCUGGAAGACAUGAAACCUGCCAUUCGUCAACUUCUCGGGGCUGUCGACUAUCUUCACUCCAUAGCCCAUCUCAUCCAUACCGAUAUCCAACUUAAGAAUCUCCUUCUUCCUGCCCCUUCCCAUGCUGCACUUGUCGAUUUUGAAGAGCGCCAAGUCAACAGCCCAGCAGCAAGAAAGGUACUUGGAGAUCGAAAGAUAUAUGCAACCUCGCAUUUUCCGGCUGGAGACGGGCUCCCUCUUCUCGGCGAUCUGGGAGAAGCUCGUUUUGGGGAUGAAGAAAACUGCGACAACAUCAUGCCAGACUAUUACCGUGCGCCUGAGGUCAUACUGAAAUCGAACUGGAGCUAUAAAGUGGAUAUAUGGAGCGUUGCUAUGGUGGCAUGGGACAUUGUCAGUCCGAAUACCGUUAUUCAAGGACAAGUCAGAGAUGGUAUCUUCGAUGAUGGAGUACAUAUCGCAGAGCUUGUUGCCUUACUUGGCCCGCCACCUCUGGAAUUUCUUAAGAAUGUGCAUAUGAGCUGGGUCUUUUGGGAUGAAUCGGGGAACUGGAAGAAUCUGGUCCCUAUUCCUGAUCGGAAUUUUGAGAAACUCGCUGCUACCAUACGUGGGGAAGAUGUAGAUGGUUUCCUGCGAUGGUUGAGAUUGGCCUUACAAUGGAACCCUGACGAUCGUCCGACUGCUCUUGAUCUUCUUAUGGAUCCGUGGCUGAUGAGGGGGUUGACGAUGAAAUCUUAG